CCUUCGGGAGAGCAGGCUGCUUCUGUGCGGACGGGGAGGCUGGGACAUGGAGCUGCCCGGACAGCGAGCUUAGCUCAGCAUUUCAGGCCAGUUCGCCAUUGUCUGGGGAUCAGCUUCUCCAGAGCUUGGUGUUACAGCUGGGAGCUGGUAUCUGACCCAGGGUUGACUCUGCAGUCCGAUGAGGGUGGUGGUGCUACUGGAGUCCCUCAGCAGGGGUCAGUCAGAAAAUGACUGAGUAUAAGCUGGUGGUGGUUGGAGCAGGUGGCGUUGGGAAGAGCGCUUUGACAAUACAGCUCAUUCAGAACCAUUUUGUUGAUGAAUAUGACCCCACAAUAGAGGAUUCCUAUAGAAAACAGGUAGUCAUUGAUGGAGAAACCUGUUUAUUAGACAUCUUGGACACAGCAGGACAAGAGGAGUACAGCGCCAUGCGAGACCAGUACAUGAGGACGGGGGAGGGCUUCCUGUGCGUCUUCGCCAUUAACAAUACUAAGUCCUUUGAAGACAUUCACCAGUAUAGAGAGCAGAUCAAGAGAGUGAAGGACUCGGACGAUGUCCCCAUGGUGCUGGUGGGGAACAAAUGUGACCUGCCAGCCCGGACAGUGGAGACCCGGCAAGCACAGGAUUUGGCCAGGAGUUACGGGAUCCCCUACAUAGAGACAUCUGCUAAAACCAGACAGGGGGUCGAAGACGCCUUCUACACCUUAGUGCGGGAGAUCCGGCAGCACAAGCUGCGCAAGUUAAAUCCUCCGGAUGAAAGCGGCCCGGGCUGCAUGAACUGUAAAUGUGUGAUCUCAUGACCAAGCUGACCACGCCGUGACUUGGAGGGGUUUCCGCUGUGCAGAGUACGAGGAAAGAGGUGAACCGAAAGAAGCAGCAAAUGGAUUCAGGGGAGGAGAUUGGGGGAAAGGGGAGAUGAGGAGGAGGACAACGACGAGGGUAGCUUGAACCCUGCUCCCCCCCACCCUCCCCAUGGACUAUUUCGAACUUCACCAAGGCCUACAAUAAACGACUGUGUUUUCCACCCCCACCUCCCCUCCUCCUUGUGCCUCCUCCCCUCCUGGCCACUGUACAAAGCCACAGAUUGAAUCACAGUAAAUUAUUAUUUGAUGGUCUUGA